ACCGCGACAUGCCGUCAGUUCAGACGUCGUUUCGUUGUUUACAAAAAUUCAGUGGACUGUGUUAUUGUUCCAGGAGAUGCCGUUGAUGAAUAUUGAAAAUAGUUUGAAUGGCUCAUUGAUGAUCCUGAAUCAAUUCAAAUGGUUGAUUGACUCUUAUGUUUUGGAUUUUUAUACUGAGGAGCACUGGAAUCGGUUGCCUAAAAUAUGGAAGGCAAUGCUGGAGCAAGUUGAACCGGAAAUUCUGAUCGACUUAUUCAAACUGGAAUCAGAUUCUUCACGAGAUCAAAUCGUAUGGCCUCUAUCUCUGAUCUGUUUGAGGUCUUUGGUACAAAAACUGAACAUAUCGCGACACAAUCAGUAUGUCGAUAAGAAACACUUGCAGUUGGAACCAAUGUGCUAUCGUCAUGUAAAACUGAAAAACGCAUUCAGGAAGCGAAUAAAACCGAAAAAACUUCACGAAAUCGAGCGGAUGGCAGCAUUGUGCUCGAAGACGGCAACCGACUGCCAUGUAGAAUACGUUUUAGAUUUUGGUGCCGGGCUAGGCCACUUGGCGAGAGUAUUAGGAUAUGGAUAUGGCCUAAACGUUUGCUGUCUGGAACAGCAAAAGCGACUUAGUGACGAAGCAAAAUUGAUCGAUGAGAAUCUGUAUCGCACGGCAUGCAAGUUUUUGGAAUGUGAUGAAAUUAAGAGAUUACGCCGUCCUGUUCACUUGAACGUCCAGCUAACAGAAUCAACUGAUACGGAAAGCCUUCUGAAUCAAAUUUCCGAGUGUUUCAACAUACCAAACGACAAACGGGAUAAACUCACCUUUGGAAUUGUUGGACUUCAUCCUUGCGGUGAUUUAGCUGCAAUAUUACUGAACGUUUUCCUAAAGUGUAAAGAAGCUAAGUUCAUAAACAUUGCUGGAUGCUGCUACAUGAAAAUGACCGACAGUUCCUUCCCACUGAGUAAUUAUCUAAGACGUCACAGCCUAUCCCAUUUGAGCUACGAAGCCAAAGAAAUAUCUUGUCACCAUCAAGAGAUCUACGUACAACGGCUAGCUGACCGGAACUACGACCAUUUAAUGAUCCAUUCGUAUCGAGCAUCAAUCGAAAAAAUUAUUUCCAAAUACUGGCCGCAGCUCAAACACGUUGGAUUGAAAAGCAUCAAACAUUCGCCUGGAUUAACAUUUUCCGACUACUGUUCGCGGGCGACGUCACAUUUGCGCAUCGUGAUUUCAGAGGACGAAAUAUCUUCUGCGAACGUAGAGCGCGAUUUAAGAUGCUGGAAGAAGAUUGUGAUAUUUUACACACUCAGACUGAUGCUGGCACCGUUGGUGGAGAGUGUCAUUUUGUACGAUCGAAUGUUGUUCGUCUCGGAGAAACAUCACUGCGUUCAAUCGGAAGCAUUAUUCGAUCCAGUCAUAUCGCCCCGGAAUGUCGUGAUGACAGCUGUUAAGCGUUGUUAAAUAAGUUUAUGAGGAGAACAAUAAAUAAAUUUGUUGGAAA